AUGUCGAUUGAUCCGUCGAAGCUACCACCAGCACAAUAUGUGCCCGGUAGACAGUACAUCAUUGACCAUGCUGGUAGGAUUGAUAAGGUGCCAUUUGUGAUCACGACGGGUAUUCUUUUCGGGCUUGCUAUUCUUUCCGUGUUAGCACGCUUCGCGAUUCGCAUCUUUGGCGGUCGGAAAAUACGAUGGGACGAUGGCUUUGUCUUGGUGUCAUGUUUGUGUCUGAUAGUCGCGUUCGUCUGCGUCCACAGGCUUCUGAACACUUUCUAUCUUAUCGAAGCCAUGAACCAAAGGAAGACGAUUCCGUUCCGAGAGGAUAUUCCUGCAAUAUUGGACACGCCUAAGUGGGCCUUCAUCUUCUCCACGUUCAACUGGACUUCCCUUUACCUAGUCAAGUUUGCUUUUAUGAAUUUCUUUCACACCUUGACCCGAGGGCUAUCAGUCAAGAUCAUGCGGUUCUACUGGAUAACCGUAGGCUUUCUUGUCGUUUGCUGGAUCUAUGCAGUCAUCAACUUUGUGGUUAUCUGUCCACACUUUGGUACAGACGCAGCUACAUGUGGCUUCAAUCCCCGGCAGCAUGAAAGAAGUGUCGCGGGUAACGUUCUCGUCGGCGUCCUCGAUAUCAUAGGCGAUGUUCUCAUUGUGAGCUUUCCCAUUGUCGUUGUAAACGAAUCGAUGAUGUCGUUCUCCCGAAAACUAUCGAUUGUGGCAUUGCUAGGCCUCUCGACAGUAAUGAUCAUUUGCGCGCUGAUCCGAGUCGUCGGCUCAUUGACCGAGACAACCGAGGCAGGGAACGGAACGGCGCCGGUGUGGGCUGCGUACUGGUUCAUUGUCGAAUCUUGUGUUGGACUUAUCAUGGCGUCUGUCAUUGUUAUCCGCGGAGUUUUCAUCACGAUCCUUGUUGACGACGAUCGACGGAACAAGGAUAGCGUACUUCAGCAAUUCGGACGUCGUUUCCUGGCUAUCAUGAGGCUGUCCAGAUCCUCACGAAGUAGCAAGUCGAGUACCCAGCGAGGCGACGCGCUCCAUGACCAGCACAAGGAUCCAAGCGCCCCAAGGAUUGCUACUCAGAAACUUCACGGAGGAACAUUGAAGACCAUCAGAUCGUUUAUAUCAGGUGGUAAUAGACAUGGCCACACGCAAGAUGACGCGCCACUGUCAAUAGAAACAAUCCAGAGUCUUGAGGAUAUGGACUACCACAAUAUUCGCAAAGCGGAAGUGGCAAAUCACCAGCCAUAG